GUUUAUGGCUGGAUUUCAUAGUCCACACCUCUUUCUGGUGUGAAACAUUGGCCCCUGUCAUAUGACUUCCAUUUCCUGGUACAGUCGGCGGCUGCACAGCUUCAUCUCUCACACCGCUGGCUGAGCGCUCUUGUCGGGCUUCAUUUCGUUGUCUCUCCGGUGGCUGACACCCCUCACUGCAGCGCGAUCAUGUACCGAUAUGCUGCCUUUGUGUUACUGCUCACGUUUGGCAUUGUGUUCCAGCUGUCACAUGGCGUUGAGGUGGUGGUAAAAGACAGCAAAGAUGAGUUGUGCAUAUAUGCCAAUCUAGCGGUGAACUUCACAGUCUCAUAUGAAAAAACUGACACUAAGAGUGCAACAGCUGAGUUUGAACUCCCCAGUAAAGUCACAACAGAUGGAAGUGAGUGUAACUCCAAAAGUUCUUUGUUGAACAUUAAUUUUGGAGGACACGCCUGGAGUGUUAAUUUCACCUUGAAUGGAGAGAAGUACGAGGCAGACGUUAUCACCUUUUCCUACAAUCUCAGCGACAAGGUGACCUUUCCUGACGCUGCAUUGAACGACACCCUCACUGUCACCGUCAAGCCUGAGAUUACAGAUGUAGCAAAGGACACCUGCUACUCAUGCAAGAGUACAGACACCUUUGUGUCUGAUACAGUCAAUCAGACUCUGUGGAACGUGCUCAUGCAGGCUUUUGUCAGCAACAACAGCAAGAGCGAGGAGAUUACCUCCUGUGCUACUGACGUACCAGUCAUCCCGACGACCGCCCCUACCACUCAUGCCCCAACUACACAUGCCCCUACUACUCAUGCCCCUACUACUCCUGCCCCUACUACUCCUGCCCCUACUACUCAUGCCCCUACCACUCAUGCCCCUACCACUCAUGCCCCUACCACUCAUGCCCCGACCACUCAUGCCCCGACCACUCAUGCCCCGACUACAGCUCCUGUCACAAACGCUACAACCGCUGCCCCUCCACCUCCCACCACCACCCCAACCCCGACCCCCACUCUCCCCACACCCGCUCUUGGGAAGUACUCCAUCAAGACGGGCGAGAACGGCACGGUCUGUCUGUUAGCUGACUUUGGGCUGCGGAUCGGUCUGAAGCAGGGAGAGAAAUAUCAAGAGAUGAACUUUGACCCCAAUAGAACCUCAGUUUCUGGAAAAUGUGGAGUAAACAGCAGUGAACUGGUGGUGGCGUCUGAUGCAAUGACCAUCAUGCUUACUUUCACCAAUGACACAAAGAAGUUCCGCCUGCACGCUCUGAACAUCACAGGAAAGACAAGCUCGGGUGUCGUCUUUUCUGAGGCAAACACCAACCUGAGUUUGUGGGAGGCAGCUGUCGGUGCCUCUUACAUGUGCAACAAAGAGCAGAACUACACCAUCACCAGCCUGCUCACUCUCUUCACCUUUGACCUUCGAGUGCAGCCAGUUGCGGUCAAGAAGGAUGUUUUCAGUACAGCCCAUGAAUGUUCAUUGGAUGACACCAGCAUCUUAAUCCCAAUCAUUGUUGGUGCUGCUCUGGCUGGCUUGAUUCUCAUUGUAGUGAUCGCUUACGUGAUUGGUCGAAGAAAGACAUAUGUUGGAUAUCAGACCCUUUAAUUCCAGUGUGUGAUCUAUCCUGAAAUAUCAAGGGGUACCCAAGCCUGGUCCUUGGGUUUCAUGUGCAAUUGUGUAAUUGGCAAAAAAUUUGAAAAUGCAGGAAUCAAUAUUUCACUCCAAGAUAACAUGAUAUACUGUUUUGUAAAAACAACACAUUUUUAGGAUGUGUUAUUAUUAAAGUAAUCGGCCACUCUGAGACAUUGAAAGCAGAAAGUGUUUUGAGUUGCAGUUUAAUGGUCUUUUUUUGCUCUUCAUACAAAGACUAAAUUCCAAGUUGAAAUGGGCAGUUUUGUGUUUCUCUCAAGGACCAAACUUGUCUACCCCAAAUGUUUGUGAUUCUUUUUUGUUGUUUUAUUGGAUGUUUUUGUCCUUCCUUUUAGUUGUGGUUUUUGUAAAAGAGCAAGUGCAAGAUCCACACAACAUAUUUUAAAAACCAAAGUAUAAAAUAACACUAAAGAUGUAAAAUUCACAAAAAAUUGAGAUAGACAGUAAAAAAAAAAAACAACUGGAUGUUAAUUUGACACAUUUUUAUCCCAAGUUAAGAUCCUGCACUUGCUCUAUAAACAUUCCCCAUUGUGUUUUUGUUUUUUCAUUAUUUAAUUAUUGAGCAAAUUUUAGUUUUUACUAAAGGUUUGACUUCUCAUCCCCAUUCAUAUUUACUUUGAGACAUGUGAGAGUGGUAAUUUAUCCUAUAUCUCUUUUACAAAUCAAAGGAGGAUUGUUAAGAAGCUUUCAGUCUUUGAUCCCAGAAACGCAUUAUCUGCCGUGAAGGUCUUUUUCCAUUCAAAGCUUGUUCAAGGAAAAGUGCUUCAGCCCAUGUUUGGCCCUGUAGAGCAGGGAAAUCAUGGUCUGAUUAUAUGACUCCAAUCAUAUUAAGAAUGUAAAAAUCAAAGUGUUUCAGCAUUAACAGACCCUUUUUCAUGGAAACAUUUUGAUGUAUGUCACGCACUAAAAGUCCUGGUGGAAGUAAUGACCACAAAGAAGCUUUGAGGCCUUGACAAACUGACAAAGGUAGACAUAAUAACACUCAUUAGUGUUAUUAUUCACACCUGUGCCUUUUCUGCGCACCAUGUAAAAAUGUCUGCUGCUUUAAAAGGUUAUAUUUGCACAUGGUCCAGUUGGAGAAUAAAUCUGGAAACAUGUCAUUUCUUUCUCGUUUAAUACAUUUUUGGCAUUAUGUUUGGAAAAGGGAGAAAUUUGGUGUGUAGAUAUUCACUCGGCAGAGGCGAUUCUGAAACAAGGAUACUUGCCUAAAAAUGCACUAAGGCGCUAUUUAGAAUUUUUUGUUUUGCAUCAUGUUAAGACUGUUGUCGCAUUAUCUCACCUGUGUAUAGUCAGCUUGGACUGCUGCAUCAGUGGACUUAAAAACUCCUGAAAACUCAACUUCAAAUGCUCAACUUCACUUUGUUCUGAUGCAUCUCUUCAGCAUUCAGUGGUACUGGCUGGAGAUGCUACAAUCAAAAAUUAAUAACAAAAUGGAAUGUGAAAAAAAGAUAUUUUUUUUGUGAUCAAAUUUUUAUUUUAUUUUUUCUUUCCAUAAAAACUAAAAUAAAAAAAUGGAUAGACAUAUGGACACUAGAAAAAUAGAGUACAGGUUAAAAAUUCACAUACCCAUACAAAGGCUAAUAUACAAAUACCAUGAAUACCCAAUUAAAUCAAAAUAAUAAUCAUAAUGAAAUAGAUAUGAAUAAAAAGAUAAAUAAAAACAAGUUAAACCUACCCAUUCCCUGGAUCCAGAACUAUAAACCUCAGUUACAUGUGAAAAAAAGAUAUGAAAAUUAAAGCUACAUCCAGGAAAGACCAGGAACGGGGAAAGGUAUGGGUUUUAUUUAGACUGCCACUACCAACUGGUACUAGCACAUAAUGUAAUGUUAGUAAGAGCUUGUAAAAUGUUAGCAAAUUGGCAGUAUUCUACUCAAGGAAAUCCUACCAGAAAGAGGCAAUGUGUCCAUCAUGCAGGGCUUCACUCUCAAAGAAUGCAACUAUGUUAUCAUGCAGGUUUAGAGCUUUAUAGAUGUGGAAUAAUAUGUUAAAGAUGUGACUCUUUAGUUGGAAGAAGACAAACUGUAAGGUCAUCUCAAUUCUCAAACUAAAGAAGCCGAACUUGAGUUUUCCGGAGCUUUUUAAGUCAGGGGGAUCAGUGCAGGUUAAUGCUGUGUUUUAGACAACAGCUCACCCCUGAGCAUUUGCUUCUGUAACUGAGGGCCAAUGUGACAGGUGGCGAUAAUAACUGUGUAUUACUGCCUCAUUCUAGCGCAGUGCUGUGUACUGUUAGCUUUGUUUCAACUCUUCAGGACUGGAGCAAAGCAGGCAGUAAAUGAUGCUGAAACAGACUGCUUGAUUUAGAAGUUGCUUUAAAAAAAACAGCUUUCCCAGGACGUUGUACGUGUGUAUGAAUAAUGGCUGUAAAUCAAUUAUGAGCUUUGACUUUGCUUGUGAUUUUUGCUGCUUUUGAGUAUUUCAGCUCUGUACAAACUCAGUUGCCUUAAUUAUAAAAGAUGGUUUUGCAGCACUGGUUUAAAUGUUUGCUUCCACAAGGUUAACUUCUGCUGUCAGUUAAAUCAUCUACCUGGUUUUUCAACAGCACAUGAGUGCCUUCCUUUUAUAAAUCAGUUCUUCACAUUCAGUAACGUACUAAUACUGCUCUGAUUCGAAUGAUUUGGCUCAUCAUUUAAUUUCCCUUCCCUAGAUGAGGAUGAUGCACAUACAUGUUCAGCAAAGGGAAUUUGUGCUGCAGGACUGUCUUGUGAAAGAUUGAUUUAUGUGUGUUUUGUGGAUUCAAAUGAUUUCAUCUCUUUUCCCUCAUGCUGUUGAAUAAUGGAAAGUUGGAUUUCAAACUGUGUGUCUGACUGAAGUGGAGCUUUUUAGUAUUUUAAGAUUCAUGGAAAUAAAAUGCGUUUGCUGCCCUGGACACUUGAGUUAAUUUUCAUUCAUUUUUUUAAAAAAGUGUUCCAUGUUACUGUCCAUACUUCACAAUCUGGGGUUCUUUGUUUCAGGUGUUCAUGUAUUAACCACGGGUUCUUUAUUUCAUUUUGAUCUUUCUGUUCAGCCUGUAAGACAUUCACCUCUCUGCUCUCUUCACUCUCGUCUAGCUGAGGAAUGCCAGAUCGAUGCGGAGAGCUUCCUUGUUCCCAUAGCUGUCGGCAUUGCCCUGCUUGUUCUCAUUCUUAUCGUUCUGCUGGCCUAUUUCAUCGGGAGAAAGAGAAACGCGGCCACCGGCUACGAGUCUUUCUAAAUAAACCCGCCUGAUUUCUAACUCUUAAGUUCUACACAAAGGAUGGGUCGGUGUAUUGCUGUCUGUUUGCUUCGCUGCCUUUGUCCAAAGUGUGAAAAUGACUCACUUAAUGUUGUACUGAUCUUUCCAUGUAGUGGUUCAUGCUGUCGACAUAAUGGGAAACAUGCUAAUUAGUUUUAUGGCAAAGAGUACGAUGACAAGAUUGAUACCGCUUUCAUGUCUGUGUUGGAAAUAUAAAGCUUCAGCAAUUUGGCCUAGCUCCGCCUCGAAAGAGAGGGAAACAUUUAUCCUGGCUCUGUCUAAAAAUCUGCUAUCCAGCUCCUCUACAGCUCACUGAAUACAUUUCAUUUUUUAAGCUUGUUUAUACAUAGGAAAAUAGUAGUGUACACAUGGUGUUUCUGGGACUACUUUUUUGGCCGGGUGCAGUGAGUUUAUUCUUGACUCUAUGCCCAGUAAACUGACAGUGACACCAUGUUUCAAAAAUUAAUAGAGAUGUACAAUAGUAAUACAUUGUGUUUAUAAAAGCGCUUAAAAGGUUUCUCAAAGACACUUUACACAUAAUAAAUUAUACAAUAGAUAAGCAAAGGAAAACAAAGUUAAAAAAGAACAAUCAAUUAUAUGUUAAAAGCCUUUCUAAUUAGGUGGGUUUUGAGUCCAGAUUUGAAUGUGAGAGAGGGAGAGAGUCUGAGGUGUUGGGGGGAGAAAGUUCCAGAGGGUUGGGGAAGCGACAGAGAAGGCCCUGUCCCCCCAAGGUUCGGUGCUUCAUUUUACUGGGAGAAUAUAGAAAAUAAGUGGUACACAACCUGCAUUUUCCUGGGUGCUUAACCAAGACACCAGGAAGAGAGUGAAUUUAGCUAAUCCUACUGUAAUCGCACAUUGGUUUUUCAUCCGGAUCAAACAAACAAGGUUAAGCUUAUAAAUAAGUUUUCUUAAAAGAUUCUGAUUUGGGGCGCUGGUGGCCUAACGGUCUGAGUGCCCCAUAUACAGAGGCCCCGGUUCGAUUCCCGGCCAGUCGACCAUUUGCUGCGUGUCUUCCCCAACUCUCUGCUCCCUACUUUUUUCUGUCUCUCUUCAGCUGUCCUAUAAAAUAAAGGCCAAAAAAUAUAACUUCUUAUAAAAAAAAUAAAAAGAUUCUGAUUUGCAGGGGGUUUUUUUUUCUUCCCCUUGGACAAAGCCAGGCUAGCUGCUUUUCUUUGUUUCUAGUCUUAAUGCUAAGCUAUGCUGACCUGCGCUGUAGCCUUUCAUUGGUUUGACAGACAAGCAAAUGGUGAUAUAUUUAAUUUGCUCUGCAUUACGCAAUUUCCCAGAUUGUCUGACAACUUCUCUAACAAUCUCACUUGCUCAUUUUGCCUGAUAGUGAAGUUCUCACCGAAUAAUGUUAAAUAACCACUGGGAUGAUUCCCUCUUAGUGCCUUUGGGGGCAUCUAAUGACUCUUCCUGUAAUCUACACUACAUUGUCAAAGUUGAUCGCACUUCUCUGUUGGUUUUUAAAUCCUAACUUGCUGCUCUGCGUCUUUCUCUAACCCCUCUGUGGACUAUUGUUAUCCUUGGUCCCUCUUUUUUUGUGUGAUUUCUGCUGACUUAACCUCUAACCCUCUUACUGUCUUCUUUCUGUCUCUGUCUGUCUGUCAGCUGAGGAAUGCUUCCUGGACUCUGAUUUAAGCUUUUUGGUGCCCAUCGCAGUGGGUGUGGCGCUCAGCUUCCUAAUCGUCCUUGUGCUUAUCUCUUACCUGAUUGGCCGGAGGAAGAGUCGCACUGGCUACCAGUCCGUAUAAUCCGACCUGGCUGCUUCUGCCUCUCGCACCCUUCCAACCCUAUACAGCUCCUUAAAAACACCCUCUGAAUCACUCCGCUGCCCGUCAGUGCAUCCAAAAAGAAAACCCAAAUUCCUGCUUUAUUCUGUCUACCCAAAAAUAACUGUUUUCUCGUACAGAGCUUCAGAUUUAUCCCAGCAACAACCCCCAUCAGUUUCCUUUUGUUUUGCUUUAUGCCAAUGACUGAAACAAGUACCAAACAUUUAUGAUCAAUAUUGCAUCGUUUGAUUGUAGAUUGCAUGUUUCUAAACUUAAAUUCAUGGCUGUGUUUAGCCACCCACCUCUUUCCCAGAGAGCUCCUCCUCGCUCCCCACCCCAGAGAGGCUUUUUCCUCUCGCUUUCUGUGCUGUACAAUAGUAUCCAUGUAAAUUUCUCUCUUGUAUAGAAUGAAUGACAUUGAUUUUUGAUGACGUGAAUGUACGAGCAAGCUAAUAGAAACACUUGUCAUCAUAUCCCAGUCCAGACUUUACUGUUUUUUGAUGUUUCUUUAACCAUCACUUGACAUAAAAUAACAACUUAAUGAAAGUAUUGCACAUGUAGUCAUUUAAUUGUAGCUUGAUGAAAGGGACGCUAAGUUAUCACGACACUUUACCAGCAAUGGGACCAGUUUUUUGUUUGUUUGUUUUUUAAUGUGUGAAGACUAAAAACUUACUUUCUGUAAGUGUAAACUUCAGUUAAAGAUCAGUAUUUGUUAAAUAAAUUGUGUUCCCUUUAAACUUAUGUUAAUUCAAAAGUUAUAAAAAUGUUGAUGCUUGACACUUCAUCUAAACCUCCAUACAUCAAUUGGUCAUUGACUUGAUUAACUAUAACAACAGCAUAAGCAGCAUGAGCAGUUAAAUUACCAACACUAUGAGCGGUAAUCCUCAAGUCACAUCAUUUCAUGUAUAUGAUCCUGAGUUCUCAACAUUUGGUCACUCCCCCUGACAGUUUUGUGCCUUUCUGUUGUGCACCUCUGAGUUGCUUGCUUGAAGCUUGUCUCCAUCUGAUGAAGAAUGUGAUAGAAUGAGCUUGUUUGACAAGUGGGGAACAAAUUCAAUAAAGUUUCGUUCUUG